CCAGAUAAAUCCGCCACCCAAGUUAGCUAGAUCAUAAAGGAUGCAUGUUACUUCAUUUCUUCUAUUCACCCACCUCUCUACUCUUCUUGCUUAGCAGUUAGCAGUGCACUUCUUUGUCUAUCUGUCUGUCAGAGUUUCAGCCAUGAAUGUGAAGACGAGAAAGAAGAUGAGGGGUUUCAUGUGCCAAUCUCCAGGGGCGACGGCGGUGUGUAUCCCCGGCGACCCACGAUCAGUGAUCGUGCCAAGGAGACCGGCGGGCAGAUCUUCGGUAGACCAUUCCCUGUUCAUCAACUCCAAAUACUCUCGUCUCAUUGAGUCUCGGAAGCUCCCUUUAGGUGGUGACAACAGACCAGCACCACCUUUGUCACUGUCAUCGUCCAUCCAGAGGGAACGAGAGCUAGAACGAAAGUCCUCCAACGCGUGCUCCUUAUCCACUGCACUGACUUCCUCCGAUCAAGUGUUUCAGGUGGUUGUUAUGAGAGUUUCUCUUCAUUGUCAAGGUUGCGCUGGCAAAGUGAAGAAACAUUUAUCCAAGAUGGAAGGAGUGACAUCCUUCAGCAUAGAUCUGGAGUCCAAGAGGGUAACUGUAAUGGGACACGUCUCACCUGCCGGAGUUCUGGAGAGCGUAUCAAAGGUGAAGAAGGCGGAGUUCUGGACCUGCUGAAAGGGAUAGAGACUUGUUGCCUUAGCAUCAAACAGUGCCAAAGAGAAGAAGAAGAAGCCUGCAGGAAAUUUGUUUUUAUCUGUAUUGGUUGGGUAAGUUUUUUUUUUCUUCUUUUUAAAAAGUAUGAUAGUCCAACGAUUGGAGGCUGAUGGUUGGUUGGGAGGUGAAGCAGUGGGGACGAGGAUGUGUAGUUGAUGGAGGUGUUUGCAUCUGUUGGCUAUUGUGUAUGGGAUUGGUUUGUUUUAAUAGUUGACAAUGACUUACUUGAUUUAUUUUUAUUUCUUUAUUUA